ACGGCGCAUCAUAGCGACUCCGAGGCCCGACGUGCGCGCCGACCAAGUUGAGUCUAAAUAAUUGACCCCUCCGCCGCGCGGAAUCGCGCAAACAAUUUACAUCCGGCCGUGUAAAUAUCCGCGACCUCGGCGUCGCGCUUACUGGAAGGCGGCGGAAGGUUUCCCCCUCGGGCGACGUCGGGGGUCGUUGCUCCGCGGAAACGAGAUGGACGAGACGCGAUCCUCGGUUCGACGUUGAUUUUCGCCGUUAAGAUACGUCGCACGUCAAUAACGCUGUCCCCAUCUUUUGUGCGAAGAUCCCUUCUCGUGAUUUUAUCGUGCGCCGAGAAUAGUGUUUACCUGUUCGACCGAAGAUCGUGAUAUAUUUACGUAUCGCGCCACGAAAGCUCCGAGAGAUAUUCGCGCGACGACUAGGAAUGUUCGCCACGGCCAGACUCUGACACUGAUCGGGGAGCGGAGCUCGAUGGACCAGAGUGUGAUCGUGCCGUCGGCGCACCGCGACGUCGGCGCCGACAACGUGCGGUUAACCAUGAAGAACGAGUCCGACGGAUCCACCGGGCUGCACCAGCAGCAGGAGCAGACGGUCGUGGUGCAUCCCAACUCGACGGUGUCCGCGCGAUCGGCGGUGUUACCCAUGGGCGCGGGUGGCCUUCCCCAGGACACGAGCCUGGAGCCGCUCAUGUGCAAUCCGACGAGCAGCGAGAUGCAGGCGAGGAAACCCGGGGCGCGACGGCAGGAGAAGCCGCCCUAUUCGUACAUCGCGUUGAUCGUGAUGGCGAUCCAGUCGAGUCCGGGCAAGAGGCUCACCCUCUCGGAAAUUUACUCGUUUCUGCAGCAGCGGUUCCCGUUCUUCCGGGGCACCUAUCAGGGCUGGAAGAACUCCGUCCGUCACAAUCUCAGCCUGAACGAGUGCUUCAUCAAGUUGCCCAAGGGUCUGGGCCGGCCCGGCAAGGGCCACUACUGGACCAUCGACCCGUCCACCGAGUACAUGUUCGAGGAGGGUAGCUUCCGGCGGCGACCGCGCGGCUUCCGGCGCAAGUGUCAGGCGUUGAAGCCGCAGUACACGCAGUACUACUCGGGCACCGGUCCCGCGGUCGGCGUGCAAACCCCCGGUCCCUACGAGAAUCUGGCCGCCGGGCCCGGCGUCAACAUCGAGUACGCGAACGGCUAUCAGAAUCAGUACCAGAACUAUCAGGAGUACGCCAUGUACGCGCCGAGCGCGGCGGUGUCCGCCGACUGGGCGUACCCGGAGGCGAGCCCGGCGACGUACAAGUCCGCACCCCCGAUAGCCGAGGUGACCUACAAGACCACGGAGGUCACGUACAAGACCGGCGGCGAGACCGCGCCGUCGGUCUACAGGAACGGCGAGCUAGUGACGUUCAAGAGCGAGCCCGGGGCCUUCGGCGCCCGCGGCCAGGACCAGCUGACGGCGUACAGAUCGCCGGCCGACGGGACGUUCUCGACCGUAAAGGAUCAUCACUCGCAGCACCACGCCGAUUACAAGGACGAGGCCAUGAUGGGUUACAAGUGCGCCAACUCGACGCCCACCACUCAAGCGCCCGGGCAGGAUUAUUACGUCGGUUACGGCCUCGCGGGGGUCAACAACGUCGCCGGCCACGGCGUCAACAUCACCAUGCAAUCUAUGCAGGAGCAGCCGGGCGGCAACAGCAGCCCUGUCGCCAACGUCAGCUCGCCGCACAGCGGAUGUCAGACUCCUGCCGCGGAUCACGGGAUAAAGAUGUCGUGCACCAAUUCUAGCUCCAAUUCGAACAGUUCCGGCGGAGGCAUCGUCGACAGGAAGCCAUCCUACUUCGCGCAUCCCGGAGGCUCGGUGACCUUGAGCUCCCUGAGCUCGCUGGGUUCAUUAAAUCUGAGCAACCUCGGCGGCUUGAGCAUAUCCAAUAUACCUGGCACAGUUUCCACAAAUAUUCAUCACGCCCCGACACCCCCACCCACAACGAUGUACUACGAUCAGAUCAAGUACAGUAUGUGAAGACGAUUUUUCCGAAGAAAAGAGAAACGUUAAUAAAUCUGUAAAAUUAUUUUUCGUGUCGAAGGUGAGCGGAAUUAAAAAUAAAAAUCGCGUAACGCGCAUCCCGAUGUUGUCUGGAAACGUACGCAGAAUUAUAAGCUAAACUUGCAAAAAGACAGUUUUUGUCAAUGACGAAUAAAUCCCGGGGCGAACACGUGAGCUGUGUAACUCUUGGAUCUUUUAAUUUGAUCUUUUAAUGAAUUUCAUUAUCACUUAUCAUUUGUUUUUAAUAU